AAUGACCAAAAAUAGCUCGUGUGGCACUGACACUGUGUCUUUUAUUAUUCAUAAUAUUAUUUUUGCAGAUGUGCUGUAGUAUAGGUUAGAUUUUAUCGUUUUGUGCACGUUUACCCACGUUUCAGGUUUCAGACUGAGUUGAGACUUUAAAUUCAAUCAAGUUAUCAACGUAUGGCAACGACUUGAUGACGUCACGUGCAGAUGGAUGAGACGUAUUGCCACAGCCCUCGCACAAUGUGGAAGCUCGUCUCACGCCACCGAACCUUCCUAUUCUGCGCAACCUGCCUCUGGUUGACCGGCGUACUCAUCUUUCUCCUGCUCAUGAGGUCGGGAGGCACAGGAGAGGGCGCCACCAGUAGGGUCGUCUUGAGGAGCGUUGCCACUGCGGCGAGUCACGCGCGGCCGCUGAGGAACCGCACCGUGGCGUCCAUCGCAGAGUACUGUAAUCCGGUGGAGGUGUCCGUGACGGGCGACGAGAGGCUCACGUCCGAUGUUUACCGCCUCGUCAACGUCCACAUUGUGAUCCGGCACGGCGAUCGAGGCGCCCUGCCCCUGGCCGACCCCGAACCACGCAUUGUCUGUGACGUGCACGUGAAGAGCCCCCUGCUGGAGGAGUUCCGCGCGCACGUCCGCUCGCUGGCCAAGCGGCGCCACCCUGCGGACAGUUUCUCCCAGUUCCCGUACAUUCCCGUCGGUCGCUACUGCCAGCCGGGAAAGCUGACGACGAUCGGCGUCCUGCAGCACCUCAAGAACGGCGCGUUCCUGCGCGAGCGCUACGGCGGCGCCCUCGCGCUGCACGACUGGGACGACGCGGAGCGCGUCACGCUGAAGAGCACGGUCAUCGCUCGCACCUACCAGAGUCUCGUCGCCUUCCUAUACCCGCUGCUACCCGGGUUCGACGCGUCGCGCUUGAGCAUCGUCCCGGUGAAGAACAACGCGUUUUGCGCAGAGGGCGCCGUGCGUCGCUGCGACUGCCGCGCGAUGUUAACGAUGAGGCAGCGCUACAUCGACGAGAACUCGCAGCGACUUGCGCGCAACGGCACGAUGCAGGGGGCGCUGCGCACGAUGGCGCGGGCGAUGAACGUCAGCUUGGACCGCGCGCGCCCGCACGCCCUCCUCGACCAGUCCAUGCGCUACCUCUGCCACGGAGCGGCGAUGCCGUGCAACGCCAGGGGGCGCUGCAUCGAGUCCGCGCACGUGGACGCGCUGCUGCAUCACCACCGUUGGAACGGGCGGCGACUCGCGCGCAGCGACUCCUACCAGCGCUACUCCGCGUUCAAAGUCUAUCCGCUUCUGCUCGAGAUGACUCAUCGCCUCAGCGACGUCGCCGCCGGACGCUCCCGCAAUGCGCUCACGCUCUACUCGGGGCACGACGUCACGCUGGGUCCGCUGCUGACUGCGCUCGACGCCUACGACGGCGCCAUUCCACCCUACGCCUCGCGCCUUGUCGUCGAGCUGUACGCCGCCGCCGGGGGGCGCCACUACGUGCGGCUGCUGUACAACGGCGGCGACGUGACGAGGCGCGUGCGGUUCUGCCGCGGACGCGUGAACGCGGACGGGGUGUGCGAGCUGAAACACUUCCUGCGAUUUGUCACGGUCGAAAUGCUGGAAGACUUUGGUGGCAUGUCGUACGACGAAGCUUGUGUGGCGUAGGCAUCGUUGAUUGUGGGGAGGGUUACCGCAGGGGAGGGGGGCGUAUUGUACGAUGAGGCUUGUGUGGCGUAGCCACCUUCGGAGCUGGUAGUGUCGUACAAUAAGGUUUGCAUGGUGAGCGGACGUUUUCGGACGCGGUGAGCAGUACCAACAGGAAAUGGGUGUGUUUGUUCGAGAGUAGAGAAGGCAUGAUUGACUGAUGGGAGGAGGUCCUGUCGGACCAUUCAUUUGGUUAUGGAUUGUAAUAUAUAUAAAGGUGCAGCAAGACUGUGUUUUCCUUCUUACUGGUUAUUGACUCUUUGUGGUGUGGUAUGCAAGUUAGUACUCUCCGAAUAAAAUAUUUUACUUAAAAAUCAACAUGUUAACAUGACAUCAGGUGACAUAUAUAGGGCAAGAUAUUUGCUGUGCUAUAGUCCCUAGUCACCAAGUUCGGUGUGGGCUCGGUGUUCAGUCGUGUAAUGUUAAUACUAAUAGUCAUUGAACGAC